GGGUAACGGUGCAUCCCCAGGUAUUAAAAGGGCAAGGAAGUCACCCCUCGAGAUAUCCCAAGGGAGUCGAAAACUACCUCCGAAACCUGCUCAUUCCAAUUCAGAACAAGCAAGACUAGUACCCCUAUACUCAAGAUGCCUAAAGUCCUUCUUACUGGAGGUAGUGGCUUCAUUGCUGCUCACAUCAUCGACAAUCUUUUGGAGCGUGGAUUUGAUACAGUCGUUACGGUGCGGUCCGAUGAAAAAGGCCAGAAAAUCCUUAAUGCGCAUCCAAACACGCCAAAGGAGAAGCUCUCCUACAUAAUUGUUCAGGAUGUUGCAGCAGAUGGCGCGUUUGACGAGGCUGUUAAAUCCGAUCCGCCCUUCGACUAUGUUCUACACACCGCAUCGCCAUUUCACUUUAACAUCUCAGACCCUGUGAAGGAUUUUCUGGAGCCAGCCGUGAAGGGUACUACUGGCAUAUUGAAAGCAAUCAAAGCCCAUGCUCCAACUGUCAAGCGUGUGGUGGUCACCUCAUCCUUCGCUGCAAUCGUCAAUCCUAAAGCACAUGCGAAGGUUUACAGUGAGGAGAACUGGAACCCUGUAACGUGGGAGGAGGCGAUGGAUCCUGCUCAAACAUACAGAGCAAGCAAGACAUUUGCUGAAAAGGCCGCUUGGGAAUUCGUUGAGAAAGAAAAGCCAAACUUCGACAUUGCAACCAUCAACCCACCUCUGGUCUUCGGCCCUGUUGUUCCCUACCUGAAUUCUUUGGACGCCAUCAACACUUCUAAUCAAAGACUUGCAAACCUGGUCCAAGGGAAAUUCAAAGAUGGGCUUCCUCCUACGGGUACGUUCUUGUGGGUAGAUGUCCAUGAUGUCGCAUUAGCCCACGUUAGGGCUAUUGAGGUUUCUGAGGCCGGUGGCCAAAGGUUUUUCACUACUUCUGGCUACUUUACCAACAAAGAGCUUGUGGAAGUGGUACGAGAGUCGUUUCCCGAGGUCGCAGACAAGCUACCCUCAACGGAUGCGCCUAGCGACCUGCCUGAUGAUGUGUAUGGCUACGACAACAAGAAGUCGAUUGAGAUUCUAGGUAUUCAGUAUCGGCAACUGAGGGAAACGGUUGUUGACACUGUUAAGUCAAUUCUCAGCGUUUCUGCGUGAUCAUAUAUGAUGUUGUGCCACGUAUUAUCGAUCUGAAAGAGCUAGUAAGUGUUAACUACAUAUUCAAGACCUUAUGACCUGAGUACUCCACUUCAAAAAUACCAUGAAAAGACACGGAAAGGUUCCGAAACGCUCAGCAUUGAAGAAUCAUGACCGAAGCCUACUUUAGAUGCAGCAACGUUGAUUGUGAGAGUAUCAUAACUUUCAGUUUGAAGAAAAUGUUAUACUAUACCGUUCAGAUAGCUCAUUCAGCU